CCAUGAUAGCCAGUUUACCUUUACGCACAUCUCUGCAGCUGCAUAUGCAAGCGUCUGAGAAUCUGGAUAUAUUUUGCGUGCUGAACAGUCUUGAUCGACAUCUUUUUAAAGGUUGAAUAACCCCUUCAGAAGGGGUGAAAUAUUUUGUUUUUGUUUUUGAGGCCUCUGAUGGGAUCUACCAUGACUUUGUUACUUUUCCCCUGAUGGACGGCAUUGCGGUCGCUCUUAAAUACACAAAUACAAUUUAGAUUCUUAAAAGCUCACCAAUCAACAGUGCCAACAAGAUGCAGAAGCACGUGGAGGUCAGGAUAGAUGAGGGCCACAUGGAGCCUACAGUGGACACGACUGAGAGCGCCUGCAGCCAACUAUGUGAUAAAGUCAUGAAGAACAUGGUUCUAACUCUCACAAUUCUUGGUGUGUUUCUUGGUUCCAUUGCUGGAAUGCUGCUGCGGCACAUAUCGCCUCUCCCCCCUGAUGUUAUUUUGAUCAUAAGCUUCCCAGGGGAGAUCCUAAUGAGGAUGCUAAAGAUGCUUAUUUUGCCUCUUGUUGUUUCAAGUCUGGUCACAGGACUAGCUGGCUUGGAUGCAAAAUCUAGCGGUCGUUUAGGCACCAGAGCUAUGGUGUACUACAUGUCCACAACAGUGAUUGCAGCUGUCUUGGGGGUGAUCUUAGUGCUGCUCAUCCAUCCUGGGGACCCCAAGCUGAGAGCUAAUCUCGGACAGGGAAAGAAGAAUGAUGAUGUUUCGAGUGUGGAUGCUUUCUUUGAUCUCAUCCGGAAUCUGUUCCCGGAAAACUUAGUGCAAGCCUGCUUCCAACAGAUACAAACGGUGUCCACCAAAGUACCCGUGCCCACUAACAGAACCAAAGCACCCCCUCAGUUCACAAUCAAGAGGUCCCUUCAGUUCAAGAGUGGGAUGAAUGUCCUUGGUUUAAUUGGAUUCUUUGUUGCGUUUGGAGUCAUCAUGGGGAAAAUGGGGGAAAAAGCCAAGCUGAUGUUGGAGUUCUUCAAUGUCCUGAAUGAGAUCAUCAUGAAGAUUGUUAGUGCAAUUAUGUGGUACUCGCCUAUUGGUAUCGCAUGCCUAAUCUGCGGGAAGAUCAUUUCCAUUGCUGACCUUGAGGUGGUUGCCCGACAGCUGGGAAUGUACAUGGUCACUGUGAUAGUGGGCCUCAUCAUCCAUGGAGGCAUCUUUCUUCCACUGAUAUAUUUUGUCAUAGUCAGACAAAAUCCUUUCAAGUUCUUCAUGGGGAUGUUUCAGGCCUGGGUCACAGCACUUGGAACAGCAUCCAGUGCCGGAACCUUGCCUGUCACCUUCCGAUGUUUAGAGGAGAACCUAAAAAUUGAUAAGAGAGUGACCCGUUUUGUCCUCCCUGUGGGAGCCACUAUCAACAUGGACGGCACAGCACUUUAUGAGGCCGUGGCUGCCAUUUUCAUCGCUCAGAUGAAUGGAAUUGUUCUCGACUGGGGCCAGAUUGUCACAGUCAGUAUGACGGCAACCCUAGCCAGUGUUGGAGCAGCCAGUAUUCCCAGUGCUGGACUGGUAACCAUGCUGCUAAUCCUUACAGCAGUCGGCUUGCCCACUCAGGAUAUCAGCCUCCUCGUGGCUGUUGACUGGCUCCUGGAUCGCUUCCGUACUUCAGUCAAUGUGGUUGGCGACUCGUACGGAGCGGGUAUUGUGUACCAUCUUUCCAAAGAUGAGCUUGACUCUUUCGACGCCCAACAGUCCAGGCUGGAUGACUUUGAAAUGGCUAAAACAAAAUCCUUCUUUGAAAAUAGCACCAACCAGAAUGUGUACGCUCACCACAACUCAAUCUUGAUAGACGACUGCAAGGUCACCAUGGGCAAAAAUGGCAAGACUACAGAGUUCUCUCUUGUUGAAGAGGAACCAUGGAAAUGCGAGUAAAGCAGACCCAGACGCUGCUGCGCCUUACCCCGAGUUCAACAAGUCUUUUUGAUGACAAAACUAUAGAAAAGACACUCAAACAACAGUUACCCCAGUGACUGCACAAGUACAAGACAAGCAUCCUUUCUUUUCCAGUUACCAGUCUGAAUAGCUUCACUUCACCACACAUAGAUUGUGUAUUUGCAUGGAAAUCCAAUGAACUGGUGCAUCUUAGGCACUGACAAAAUGAACAUUUGGUUGAGAAGACUCAGGGCCUUACUUGGUGCUGCUACAAGCUUCCUGUUUUGUCAGCUGCAGAAUUCCUCAACCUUUUGUAAAAUCUCAUUACACUUUUGUAUUCAAGCUUUUCUUUGUGUUGCGUAGAUAGCGGCGACAAUCUUUUAUGGACAAUGGCCGUGCCAGUUUAUUACCAAGACUAAUAUAAUGUAUGAAUAAUAUGAAAGUUGAGCAUUGAGAUGAUGCAAAAUUGUUAUAUUUUAGAAUUUUUAUUAGAUUUAUAAGUGUUGACUGUAUCUCCACAAUGCAAACAUGCUCUGUGAAAACAGAAAGUAAACAGACGUUAGCUGCAUGGUAUUAGGAUGCAAAAUCAAGAUUGCAUUACCUUUCACUUUUCGACUAAUGGGAUAAGGUCUCACAUACAGUCAAGCUUAAGCGGAAAGCUUAUGUCUUAGACCACAAGAGGAAAAGGUGUGGCCUAUAACUAUGGCAACAACCAGCAUAAGAUGUCUUGUAUUAAUAGCAAGUACAUGGGGGUGCCCUCCACGUUUUUUUUUUUAAUAUGUUUGUUAUAAUUGAAUUGGAAGUAGUUACAAAUGUAUGUCUGGGAUGUAUGUGUUCAUAUAUGCUGUUUCUGAGAGCAAGAGGGGACGAUCAAUGAGGCAAACAAGUUGGGUUCAGCAGGUGAGAUUCAAAAGGUGGAAAUGACUCUCACACUCUCCAGGGCAGUGCAUUGAUGUUGUUUUUUUCAAAACUGGUGUUUUCUUUGUUAUCUAUCUAACUUGCCUUGAAGAAGUCAACUGCAUAGUGCAGUCAGUGUGGUGAAAUUUAAUGUGAAAAGUUCAUUCACCAGAGGAAAUGGUUUGUACCCAGUUUUAAGGCUGUAUGAGGACGGCUGGGCCCCUCUCAUCAGCUAGACUUUGAUUUAGACCAAUUGGAUUUUGAUUAAGUUACGACAGUGGUACCUCGGUUUUUGUGAAUAAUCCAAAGGUUUUGUCCAAAAUCGAAUCGUACUAAAACCAAACCAAUUGUUCCAUGUCCAAUUAAUCUGUUCCAGAUACCCAAAUAUAUUACCACAAAACACAUUUUAAAGAAUAUAGCUACAGUUUGCAUGCAGAAAAAUUAAGGCAGAGAAGGAGGAUAUGAAUGAAGAUCCACACGUUGACCACCUUUGUGUUUUACUACAACUUAUUUCCUGAAUUCUAUAGUGUUUCUCAUUUUCCUUAUCAAAGUGCUGGCACUUGCAACUUUCUUUGGUCCAAUGGUGGAUUAUUUUGCAGCCGUACGCAAUAAAAAAAGCAGAUACUUGUGAUUGUGCGGAGACCGUGUUAGUUAGCAAAGAGCGACAGAGAUAACCGGUGAUGACAUCAUAGAGGGGUCGGAGUUGAGAACAGGCUAACAGGCACAUUUUGUAAUAAAGACACAAUACGAACCCAGUUGAAUUGACGCAGUGUAUUCAUAACGCAACAAGACUGAGUCAUCGACACAUUGGACUCUUUUUUUGGGCAGAAUGAUACGUGGACAAACUGACUAGUUUGUUAGGUGCAUGAUAACCGGGCAAUCAUUUUUGUCACAAACUGAGUCCAAUGAAAACCACGCAUAUGAAAACGGAGGUACCACUGCACAUAGCUCCAUUGGGUUUAUUCAUGUUUGUUUUCGAGGUGUACAGUCUCAGCUUUAAUUUUGAAGCUGGACAACAAGAUGGUUGGAUGUUAACUGUAUGUAGCUGUACAAUUUUGCUGAUUAUUAUUCAGUGUAGCAUCUCUUCGAUUUCACUUAUUUAUUUUGGUCUAAAAAAAAAGUAACAGCUAAUACUAUAUUCAUUUUAAAGUGCCUCCUUGCACUUUGCGUAUAUACAGUAGAUCUAUAUACUCUUUUCAGAUAAAUAAACAUGUAUAGAGAUGAUAUUUCUUGUCAUUGGUCUAAAUUGUGUUCGCAAUGCUCGGUAUAAUGAAUUACCAAUGUUAGAACUACAUUUCUUAUCCCCUCUUUGAGCCUCUGGUUUUCUCGUUUGUGAACUCAACGUUUAUCUAUAUGACACGUUCGUCGAACCUGCAGAAAUCUUUACAAGGAUCUUCCAUUCUAUGUGUAUUUUGAAUUUGUUAGUCAUAAGUGAAAUUGAAAUUGUUGUAAAAUUGUUACAUCAUUGUUAUAGUGAUGACAAAAUUAAUGGGGUAACGUUAGGUCCUUUCUUGAGUGAUUUAAUCCUGGACACACAAACCUGAAAUGAAUAUCAUGCUUUUAUGGAGUGGCUCUGAUAUUAACCGUAACUGCAUCCUGUAAAAUGAUUUGCAGUGGAAGUCACUGUUACUGAUGUGCUGUUUGCAAAAGAUGCACACAAUUUUGCGCUACACAGAUAAUAUCGACAAAGGAACUUUGGAAAUUCAAUAACAAUCGUUACCUUACUUAUCCGGCAUUGUCACGCCUGUUAAUUAACGCCGGAAGCGCCUUGAAUGCCUUCUGUUAUGUGUGUAACACACAACAGCUGCAGAGCAAGAAUAGGCUAUAGUCAUGGGGCUAAAUUACCAAAAUAAAACGUUAUGAAAUGAAUUAUGUACAAAUAUCUAAAAAUCAUGUUGUGUCCAGUCAUCACGAUCAUUAUCACUGACAUGAAUGUUUUGUGAGUGCAAGGUUUUAUCUGCCACUAUUUUUCAUAAACUUAACACUGUACAGUUAUCUUUUUACAUGUUUUUUUAUGACGUGACAGUGCCCGAACACUGCAAAAAAACAUUCUGAUUUGAUCCCUUGUCAAGUUUUUAGUCAGCAAGGUCAGAAGAACGUGUCAUAUAAAACUACUUUCACUUCUUAUUUCAGAGAAACUACUGUGCUCCAAAUAGACUCACGUAUUUCUCCCUAAUUAUGGAGAGAAUGGUGUUAUUGUUUCAUGGGUUGUUGUUUUUUUUUAAGGCUCAUGAGCACCACAAAGCAGUUUUGUGUGAUUGACAAUAUCGGUGGCAGCUAACAGAGUUUGCAUGUAGUAAGACCUCAGUGUAAGGUGUCCAGUUUAGCCUGUUUUCACCAAGCAGCGCAGAUCGGUUGACUUUGAGUAUGAAUGGGGACGAAAUGGGAAGAACAUUCUGUAACAUCUGACCCAGACACAUUUCAGUGAAAAUGCAAGUUUCACUGUUGCAAAACCACACUGCGGCAUGCUGAAUUGAACUUUAUUGCAUUGUUGGAAAUUACCGGGGAAGAUUUGUCCUGAUUAGUUAACUGACUACCCAAACUCAUAGCAGAACACACCAUCUCUGAAAUUAAGGCAUCAUUUAUUUCCUUUUUUUAUAUAAUGAUAAAGAAGUGUUCUCAGUCAACUGAGGUAAUGUAGUAACUAUUUUUCAUGAACAUGUUAAAUCUUUAGAGAAUUCAACACAUACUUUGUAUUUUCUCUAUUCUGUAUUCAGUAUUCAUUUAAUGUUGAACAUUCUUUGUAAUAUAUCUUGACCGAGACUGUCCGAUGACACAAGGCACUGAAAGCAGACAUGGACAGCAAACAACUGCAGGCCUGAGCAGUCGUUGUCAGGCAAAAAUAAACCAAAAUCAUGUAAAUGUUUUAAUACAUGUGUGUAAAUAUCAAAGGAUACAAAUAAAUUAUUACUGAUGAGCUUGUUGCU